AUGCGCGACCUCGGUCGGGAGUCGGGCAAGUCGGAUGUCGUCGUCAAACCCACCGCACUAGGGGCUACUUUCGAGUUGGACGCAGCGCCAACGCACGAGUACAUAACGGACUCGAAAAGAUGUCAGGAGGGAUGGGCGAUGAUGAUGAUGACGACGAGGGGCCGAGAUACACGGGCGGCAAAGGGCCUUGUCUUGUCGCAAAAUGGUAGUAGUUGCAGCGAUGGAUUUCUUCAAAUCGACCCGCCCGCCCACCGACUGUAUGCUGAAAGGAGGCCACCGGUUGCGGGUAGAAUUGAACUCGUCAUCCAUGCCAAGUCCGUCCGUGAAAAGCAAAUCAUUUCGAGGAUAGGCCGUAUGCCCAGGACUUUCCAAGACACCAAGACCAUCUCGAAGACGCGUUGUGGGAGCACCAAAGUUUGCGGAGGAGCCAGAACAGUAUCCGGCACCAGCAUCAACGGUUUGGUGCACGCAACAUGCUGCGAUGUAACCCACCCUGGUCCUUUCUCUUCUGCGCUUAAUCCAAGUUCAUCUCAUGCUUUGACGGUUAAAAUCCGUCCUGUAGCCGUUGCCAAGCUUGGUGUCCAUAGCAAGCCAAGCCAGGGCGGCGCGCUAGCGCUGGAAGAGAGCACUGUAAGAAGGUGGUGGUUUGUUCGCGACACGCUACUGCCCCGCUCCCACCCGACAUAA